AUGGACCCAUCCUCAUCGUCUCGCGCGAGAAGACGCGUUCACUCGCUCUCCGAGCAACUCAUUCCUUCGUCGAUGACAUCCUCGGCGCGCCGACGGCAACACUUUCAAGAUGUGCGCGCGAGAGAAUCACAAAUGCCACCACCAUCUUCGUCGUCGUUGACUACGUCAUCAGAAGCAAGAAUAUCAACAACGCAUGCCAUCAUAGAACGUAACGAUGCUCUGUUUUGGAAAAACAAAGAGAAGUUUACGGUUGCCGUCUUAGGAGCUGCCGGGGGUAUUGGGCAAACGCUUUCGUUGUUGUUGAAACAGUCGCCUCGAAUAAAAGCCUUGCGAUUGUAUGAUAUCGCGCCAAUCACGCCAGGAGUGGCUGUAGAUUUAUCACACAUCAAUACUGAAUCUGAAGUGACUGGGUACGCAGGACCAGACCAAUUAAGAGACGCUUUAGUCGGAUGCGACUUGGUCAUCAUUCCGGCGGGUAUUCCGAGAAAACCAGGCAUGACCAGAGACGAUUUGUUCAAAAUCAACGCCGGGAUCGUGAGAGACUUAACCGUCGGGGUUGCGAAAUAUUGUCCCAACGCAAUUUUGAACAUUAUUUCGAACCCAGUAAAUUCAACGGUUCCCAUCGCGGUGGAAGUGCUGAAGAAAUACAACGCGUUCGAUCCUCGCAAAGUUUUAGGCGUCACGAAACUUGACGUCGUGCGAGCAGAGACUUUCGUGUACGGCUUACGAAAAGACGAAUUACAACGCUUGAGAAAAUCAAUAUCGGACGUAACUGUGCCUGUUAUCGGUGGCCACGCCGGCGAGACAAUUAUUCCUUUACUUUCGCAAAUGACGCCAAAGUUAUCGAAGCCUUUUGAAGGUAGCGAGUUGCAAAACUUAACGACGCGCAUUCAAAACGCCGGUACCGAAGUCGUGGAUGCAAAAGCCGGCGCUGGAUCUGCGACGUUAAGUAUGGCACUAGCUGCCGAGAAUAUGGCAACAUCAUGCCUGAAGGGUUUGGCUGGAGAAUCGAACGUGAUAGAAUGCGCUUACGUCUCGUCAAAUGUUAUCCCGGAACUGCCGUUCUUCGCUAGUAAAGUCAAAUUAGGCGUUAACGGAGUCGAGAAAGUUUUAGGAUUAGGCGCAAUGACAUUGUUUGAGGAACAAAUGGUAAAGAAUGCUAUUCCCGAGUUACGAGCAAGCAUAGAGAAGGGCGUCGCGUUCGCUCAAUCGAGUUAA